GGUCAGUUAGAUAGAAACUAAACUCAAGUUUGGAAUAAGUAUGUUUGAGAAAAUAAUAGAUUUGAUUAUUAAAAAGCCAGAGAACAGAAGCUCUUCACAAAUAGCUGAUGUGUUACCAUGGUUACGAAAAAAGAGUAACAUUUUAAAGGAUUUGCAUCCAGAUGUCCUGUCAGUGAUUAUUAAGAAAUGUCAACAUAAGCAUGCAAGUCCAGAUGACGUCAUCAUUCAACAAGGAGAAACGGGAGAUUGUUUCUACAUUAUUGUUAGCGGGACGGUUUCUGUCUAUAUCGAUUCUAAAAUUGAGGACGAUUUGGGAAUAGUGGACGUACUUGAUAAUGAUGGAGAUGAUCACAAACCUGUGAUAAAGUCUAGACGCAAAAGAAAGAGGAACGAAUACGGCAAAUUCAUAGUCCAUUUUGGCACUGGUGAUAGUUUUGGUGAGCUGGCACUCAUAUCCACAGAUGAGAUAGAUGAGAGAAACGCCACAGUUAUAGCAGACGAGGACGCUGACUUUCUAGUCAUUGAUAAAACACUAUAUGAAGGGACAUUGAAGGCAUUCCAACAACGAGAAUUUCAAGAGAAGCGUGAGUUUGUAGAGACGCACCCGAUUUUCAGCAGAUGGAGUAUAAAACUGAGAAAGCAGCUGGAGAUGAGCCUCACAAAGGAGAGUUUCCUCUACGAUAACUGUAUCAACAAACAAGGACAGCCCUUUUCUGGAGUCAGGUUCCUCUUUAGGGGACAUGCAGAGCUGUUAUUUGAUGCCAGUCAACAUGAGAUACAAUAUCCUUACAUACUGGAGGAUGCUAUUAAACAAGAGGAAGAACUAGCUGAAGGCAUUCACUUUGUCGAUAAAACUAAGACUGUCGGGGCAGUCCUGGCAACGAGGCGUCCUCCAGAGAAGCCGAUGUCUCAGAAAUAUGUUGGGUUGUGCAGUGUAGAGCCUGGUGAGAUUAUGGGGGAUGUUGAGUUGGUAUGUGGUCUCAAUACCCAUUUCCAGACUGCAGUUUGUUUAUCGCAAGUGGAGACGUAUGUUUUAAAUCCAGAGAAUGCUGAUCGUCUGCUAAACAGAAAGGAUUAUGGGAUAGGUGAAGUGAUAAGGCUUUUAGUCGAGAGUAAACUUAUGACGAGAAUAAGUUCACUGCGAGAAAGAAAUCUUUCUUGUCCUUUGAUGAAUCGGUUGUUAUUCACAAUGACAUACGUGCCCAGGCCUCCAUCAAGCCAACUACCACCAUUUAAAAUGUCCAAAGAUAUGCCAUCAAAGGACCUACUAGAUCGGUAUUUGAUCAAAAGUUUCAAAGAAGGAAGGACGACAUUAGUUGAUCCUGUCAACCCGGAUUCGAUUUAUCUUCUUGAACAAAUGCGAGAGAAGGCAAGGGAGAGAACACAGUUGAUGCAGCGAAAGGUAGAACGCGGCGAAGUGACUAAAAUAUUCAUCGAGAGAGAAAAAUUAAAGGAACGAAAAAAGAUCUUGGAUAGGAAGCCACGGUCUCGGAGAGAACUCAGUGAUGUAUUGAAGAAACAAUUCACCACUGAAAAGGCCGCUGAGAGCGAAGUGGCCAAGCGGCUGAUGGGAGCAAUCAAUGGCGCGAGUAAUGUUUGGCGGAAAAAAUACGUCCCAACGCGUCCAUCUUUAAAUACUUACGCAACAACGACACAUACUAAACCUAUGGAAAAUGAUGAACUUGAAACUACAACGGGUACUCCCGUAGAAGGUGGAACAUCCAAUGCUAAUAUACCAAGCACAGGAAGAGAAGAAGCAUUUUGGAUAAAUGAACAAAAAGUAGAGACAUCAGAAACACGUGAAAAACACGUGCGAUUUCGUGACAGUGAUGCUCAACCCAGUGAAUCUAAUCCUGCUCAGUUGAAAAUGUCAAGAAGUGAUAUGAGUAAGAAUUCAAAACAAAAUGAAAGACAAGCUUCAAUUCUAAAAUCAUCUCAAAUCCAACCUGAAAGUACUAAAACUAAAGAGAGUGUAGGUGGCGCUGUUGUGAAAUGUGAAGUUAAAAAAGCAACAACAGAAAAAAUAAAAGGAAUUCAUUCACAUAGUACUGAACAAAGAGACCAACGAAUUACGGAUGUACUUGACCGAUCAAAGGGCCGGCGAAAAAGAGACGCUCUCACAUUUGGCGAUCAUCGACCCGGGGACAAAUGGCGACGUAUCAAAAUGAAAUUUAUUUCUGCAUAUGUUACCUAUAGGACGUCUAUGGGAGAUUCAUAUCCUGAUUUCAAAGAUUGGGAGACAAGUGACAAGACGCUAAGUUAUCUUGAAAAACGUUUACAGAAUUUCCACAUAAAUGUUACACCGAAAUUAGAUGGGGACCAGAAGGUAGAGUCCCCGCAGAAACACCUACAUCGCCUUAAACGGUACACCGUACAGGAUGGGGGAUGUAACCCUAAAGGAGGAUCUAUGGUAUUGUUGAAGAAAAAACCUUGUGAGUUCGCGCACAGCAAAUAUCUCAUUAAACAUCCACAUGUCAAGUACAACAUUGUGGAUGAAUUACCGAACAGACGCCAACUCCAAAAGACAAAAUAUUUUAUGACGCUCUUCAUGGACAACGCAAUGAAAAAAUUGGACGCUAGACUUGAUCAACAAAAUUGCCACAAAAAUAAGUUCGUUGACUUCACUUCUAUUCACACAGUGACUUGCAUGCAUAUUUAUCGUGUCCUGGUUGUUGUUUACAAGUUUGGAGACCUGGUUUAG